UUUUUAGUUUAAUUUAUCAAAAAAAUUUCUGUGCUGCAUAUAUUAAAGCUGAAGCUACUAGAUAAGUAAGCAACAUCGUCGAUAACAGCAACAACACAAACAAAACUUCAUCAACAUGGGUAAUGUAUGCAGCUCAGGACAAAAAAAGAAAAAAGACAGCAUAUCAGAAAAAUCAGAUGACACUCCAUCGUAUCAGGCAGCAACUAAUAACAAAAAAGACAGUAAAAAAUCGACUGAUGCAAAUAACGAAAAAUUAGCACCAUUAGCUGAUCCUGAAUUUGUGCCCGAUAUACGAGUACCUAACACAGAUGUUUCACAAGAACAAGAAACGUCCAAAAAUAUUGAUGCGAAAAAGGCAAAUCAAAGUGGAGAAAAAUGCGCCACUAACGAUUCUACAACUAGUACGCCAUUGGCUACUACAGCUCCCUCCGAUAUCUCAGGUCAAAAAUCGACGCCUAAUAAUCUAGCAAUCUUACAAGGAAAACCACCGCCUAGUCGCAAAAUUGAAAGAGAUAAGAAAAUUGUGAUCUAUAUUUUAGCGGAUAAUAGUCCAGAAUAUAAGAAGCAUAAGCGAGUCAUAUAUAGCUUACAGAAACACUUCACGAGUAAGUGCCAAAGUAGAGGUUUUGAUUUCAUCAUUUCGGAUGUGCAUGAAACCGAUGCUGCAGUGAAAAAAGAUUUCACAAAAUUAUUAGAGGUUAAGCGCUGGACGCACAGCCCAUUAGAAGCUCAAGGCGGACAUGAAGAAGCUGCAAAUUGUCUAUCAGAAAUCUCAAGGCAUUCAUCAACAUCAUAUAUAAUACCCAUACUGUUUUUAGGCUCAUCAUUAGGCAUGCCGAUGUUGCCAUUGACAAUUGAAAGUCAAGAUUUUACAUCGGUUUUAACUGCGGCUACAGAUGAAGAAAAAAUACUUUUAGAAAAAUGGUAUACCAUAGAUAAUUCUUAUCAACCAAUGUGUCAUCGUUUGCAUACACAACAAAUCGAUGCAUAUUCUACAGAAGUCAAUGAUGAACUAAAUAAUCUGCUCAAUGUGCUAUUGCGCUUAUUCUCGGAUGAUCUAAAAGAUUCUUAUAUGACAACCGUUGUUGAACAAGAAAUUAAUAACACGGUGCUAAUGAGUCAGGAAUUGGCUAAACGUUGUAUAUGGGUACAGACUGGUGCACAGUAUUCCAAGACACCUGAAAAUGCCACACAAUUAGACGUUGAGAUUUUGAGACGCAUCACAAAAAUCUAUGCUGAACUUAAAUCACAUCUUUCUGAAAAAAAUCUUAUACGCAUACUGCCUACAAUGAAUAUCUUAGAUGAGGAACUAACCGCCGUUAUAGAGAAUUUAUUAGAUAAGUCUAUUACAGGAAUUUUUGAUGAACAUCUUAAUAAAAAUAGUAUACCAUAUAACACAAAUGGUGUAGAUAAGAUAUUACUAGAAGAAGUACAUCUUAUUGGUCAGUAUUCUAAAAUUUUAGCACAAAAUGCUGCAAAUUUUGAUAUCAUGAAUGAUUUGAAGAGAUAUAUAAAAGACAACAGUCAGUCUCCCCUGAUAGUAUCCGGUGCAAGUGGUUGCGGCAAAAGCGUGCUAGUCUCCAAGCUUAUGGAAAAUGUACAUAGAUGGAAACCAGAAGCCCAACUUAUAUUAAGGUAUUGUAAUUUAACCGCACGUAGUGCAGACUUAACCACACUAUUAGGAUCAAUAGCGGAUCAAAUGUCAGUUUUAUAUAAUGGCGUUCAAUGUAAAGCAGAUCAUAAUGUGGAGAGUUAUGCCAAAGUAAUACGUGAUUUCUUAGAGAGCAGUAAAUAUUUCUUUGUUAUUAUAAUUGAUUCAGUGGAUGAUAUACUGCAUGGAGAAAAUUUUAAUUGGUUACCUACUAAUCUCAAUAGCAUGUCUAAAGUAAUAUUAACAAUUACCGAAAAUGUUAAGGAAGAAGAAAAUACAGCUCUUAAAAGUCUAGCUGAACUUGGUAUACCAAAUAGAAACUUCUUGAAAUUGAAACAAUUCACAGAAAGACAGUGGAAUGAUAUAUUGAGUUCAGGUGGUGGAGAUUUUUAUGCUGCAAAUGGUGCAUUGAAGUUGCCAAAUGAUUGGAAAAACUUACAUGGCAAAACACCAUUUCAAGCUAAAUCAUUGUGGUGGCUAGCUUGGCUGGGACACUUAUCAAUAUCCAUAACUGAAGUAUCUGACAUUUUAGGAAAAAUGUUACAUGUGCUUGAGACGAAGUUUUCAACAGAACACGUGGAGCUAAUGCUAUUGAUUGUAUCUCUUUCAAAAUGGGGCAUACGAGAAAGUGACUGUUUAGGAAUAUUUCAGAAACAUGCACAAAUAGAGGCGCAGGUCGCUUUUAAAAUAUGGUCGAAAUUUUGUUGGCUUAUGGGGCCUAUGCUGAUUAGUUUAAAAAAUAUAAGAAUAGCCGACAAAACAUUUCGUAAUGCUGUUUUAAAGAAGUAUUCACAGAAGAGAUGGCUGGUACAUAAAACUAUACGUGACUUCUUUGAUAGACAGGAUAAUACAUUUACACAGGGGAACGUUACAAGUUAUAAUUUCCAAAAGUUUUUAAAACUGCCUUAUCACCAUUUUUGUGCAUUGAUUGAGGACAACGCCGCUCCGAAUAAAAUUGAAAUGUUAUUUAAUUGUUUUUAUUUUACUGAUCUGCAAUGGAUCGCUGAUAAAGUGCAUUCCACUGGACCGGUACACUUAAUGCAUGAUAUUCUAGAGUCCGAAUGGAUGUCCAAUAUAGAAGAGCAGCCUUGCAUUCAUAUCACUUUUCUAAAAGAUUUCCUUAAAAGCAAUAUGCAUGAGCUUUGCUAUGAUGGCCACCAAUUUUAUACGCUUAUUAAAUUUUACUUAAAAACUCGUGUAAAAGAAGAUCCAACAUUGAAGAAUGAUGAGAAAAUUCGUUCAUGGCUAGAGUUUACAAAUGAAAUUGAAAUACCUUUCCUUGAAGUGCUGAAUUCGUCUUUAGGAAAAGAUGAUCCAACUAUGACCAGCAAUUAUGAUGUUUUGGUCAAUUUGCCACAGAAAGGUUAUUAUGUAGCAUCAAUAAGUACCGAACGUGAGGAAGUUUGCAUAUGGGAUGUACAAAACUGUACCAGAGUACGGGAAUUACAAGGUAUAUCACAACCAACGGCAUUAUGUCCAGUUGGUACUUAUGAAGCGGCUGUGCUGUGUAGGAGAGAAAUAAGAGUAAUCAAUUUGGAUGAAGGAAGAUUUAAAGUCACACUUAAAGGUGUAAUGAAUCAGAAAAUGCCCUAUUUUGGCCUUCAUGAUCAAAACCAUUUAGUUUGCCUUUCCCGCAAUCGUAUGUAUGUAAAUUUAAUGAAUCUAGAGUCAGGUGAUUGCGUUACUACCUUUAAGGCAGGUGAGGAUAGAUUCUUAAAUUCUCUAUUGGUAUCCGGAGAUGGACGCAUUUUGGUUUGCGGUGAUGAAACACAGAAGCCUUUUCCACUCUUAGUAUGGCAUCUCACACAAAGAAAAUUGCUUUACGACUUACGCAUUCCUCAUCACGAUUUUCAAACCUCUUUGUCUGCAAUCACUUAUGAGGGUUCAUAUGUAUGCGUUGUUGCCAAGGAACUCAAUGAGCCAACACCGAACUUCAUUGUUGUUUAUGAUUUGCAAAGUGGUACACUAUUCAAGAAAUGGAAACCAGCAUGUAAUACUGUUUCUCUGGCUAUUAGUCAAGUGAAUGCCUGUGUUAUUGCUGGUCUGGAAGAUGCAAAGAUAUUGAUAUGGGAUCUUGUGACUGGAAAUUGUAGAUCAACAUUAAUUGGUCAUAAUGCGCCAGUAACAUUUUUGAAAUUGGAUCCAUUAGGAAAAGUGCUCUUAUCGCGAGACAAGGAGGGACGAGAUAAUUCAAUACGUGUUUGGGAACUAAAUACAGGUAAAUCCUUGGCUGUAUAUAAACCACCUGGACAGAUAUCAACAUGCGAAAUUCUACCAAAUGGUGCAUUUGUGGUCGUUGCUUUAAAGAACAGAACUGAACUUAUAACGUUGGCUUUAAAAAAUUAUGGAGAUGCUCCAGAUGAUAAUUGUUACUCAUAUGGCAAUCAGGAUAACCAAAAUAAAACGUUUAAAUUAAAUUAAAUUAAAUUUAUAUUUUUAUUAAAUUACACUAAAGCUAAACUUAUUUGAGAUUAAUGGAUAGAGGAAAGCAAAUCGUAUUUCAAUUACACACUUUAUAGUUAUAGUCAAAAACCAAAGUUAAUAUUCAAGAUGUACAAAGAUUUUAAAUUA